AUGGCUCCCGUCGGCAUCUUGGCUCGCCUCAAGAGCCUGUACUCGAAGCACCAGGAUGAACCCUCCCUGUCGGUGCAAACGGUCGCUCUCUUCUCUAUUGCCCUAACCCUCCUCUACGUCGUCCCCUUCUACCUCUCCCCCUCCACCCGGCCCUCACCCAGCCUUAGCCGCGAUGCGCCGUCCGUCAUCCGUGCCCGCGUCCGCGCCGUCACAGGCUCCUGCAUUGCAUGCUCGCUCGUCGUGCUCUGGCUGGCCGUUGACAAGGGCGGGUCCUCGCUCGGCGCCGCCCUGAGCCUGCUCGGCUGGUGGCCGAUCGACCUGGCCGAUAUCCUGCGCUGCCUGCUGCUGACUGCGAUCCUGUUCGUCGGCCCGCUGUACGAGCGUGGCAUUGUCGAGGGCGAGUGGCGCGCUUGGUUGACCAGGCGCAAGUGGUCGGAGUCCCUGGGCGGGUGGAUUGGGUGGAGGAAUUAUGUCGCUGGCCCUAUCACCGAAGAAGUCAUGUUCCGGUCGGCCAUCGUCCCCCUGCACCUCCUCGCGCAAGUCUCUCCAGGCCGCAUCACCUUCAUCGCCCCGCUAUACUUUGGCAUUGCACACAUCCACCACUUCUACGAGUUCCGGCUCACCCACCCGGAUACCCCCGCCCUGGCCGCCCUCCUCCGCUCCCUCUUCCAGUUCGGCUAUACCACCAUCUUCGGCUGGUACGCCACCUUCCUGUUCCUGCGCACCGGCUCGCUGCCCGUCGUCAUCUUGGUGCAUAGCUUCUGCAAUUGGUGCGGACUGCCCAGGUUCUGGGGGCGGGUGGAGGCGGGCGAGCCUUUGGGCCCCCCGGUACGCGGGAAGGAGGAUGAUGGGAAUGGAAAUGGGAAUGGGAGUGGGGGUGGUGUGAGUGUUGGUGCGGGUAAGUUGGGUGUUGGCUGGACGGUGGCGUACUAUGCAUUGCUCGUCCUUGGGGCGCUGGGCUUUGCCUGGGGGUUGUGGCCCUUGACGGAGUCGUAUUAUGCGUUGGUUGACUUUACAGGGAAGGCCGGGGCGAAGUUGAGCUGA